AUGACGCGUCUCAGUGCCGAAGAAGAAAUCGAGCUUAAUCAUUAUCGCUUUGAAAUGCCAAAACACAGUUACAUAUUUUAUGGAUUCUGGAGCACAUUUAUCAUUAUUAUUGUGAUUAUGACACACUUCAAUGAGUAUUCUGAACCAGUUAUUCCUUGGGACAACUGUGAUAUGAACACAACUUGGGAGCCACCGAUGAGGUCAUUCAUAAAUGAUAUGCAACUGAAAAGCGAACUGCAUAAAAUAGCAAAGUUUCGGGAGAAAAACAGUUUGUAUCGAAAGAAUAAUUUUUCGAGAAUUGAAUACGGGACUUCAUUACUGUCAUAUUGCAAGGCAGAAGGUGACCUAAUAUGCGAUUGGAAAACAAAAGAAGCAGAAGUUCAAGUGCCAGCUGGAUUGAUUAUAAAAUCAAUAACGAGGAGCAUUGAGCUUGAUCCGUAUUUCUCCUCUGGUCUUCGAUUCCUCAUCUUACAAUGCAUGAGUUUCAGAAUGACAAUGGCACUGAUCCGAUCAUCCGAUGUCCUCACCAGUCGUAACCGUUCGUUCCCAAGAUUCAUCCAAUUCAUUCUCUCCUUCGCACCUUGGCUCUCAUGUCUUCAAUCUUUUUCUCUAUUCCUAAUAACUUCAUUACAUUCAGAGUUUGAUCGAGAAUAUCUCGCCUUUUUCCAGCCGUACGCGUAUUUGAUGAUCGGAAUUUUCACAUUUUUGGAAAUGCUUUGUGAUCUACUUCAAGAUGCUUAUGAUGGAAGAUUCGUUUUUAUCCAAACCCCUCGAUUUUACAUCAAAUCCGCGUUCUUCGUCAUAUUCUCUGCCUGUUUUCCUCAUGUUGUCCUUCAUUGGAUAGAAUUUUUCCGAACAAAACGAUGUCAUGCUUAUGUGCCCUUCGUCGAUGGAAUCUUCGAAUACAUCUGUGCUGCAUCCAUCAUUGCGUACAAUUUCAUCAACGCCCAGACGAAUGUAGAAAUGUACAUAACACCUACAUCAGAAGACGUCAAAAGUGUCGUCUCGUAUCCUCCGGAAGUUUAUUCUCCAGUUGGAUGUUCAGAUAAAUCUGUUAUUUAUGAAAGUUUGAGUAGUGUCAGAAGAUAG